AUGUCUAAUCAAAACAAAAUUCAACGUACUUCAGCAAAAGGCUCUCUAACAAGAUUCACUAAAUACUCUCAAACUAUAAAGGAUGAUGAUGAUAUAGAUUUACUUGAUUUGGAACAACGCCUAACAAAGGCAGAAACCCUUUUUGAAGACUUUCACAAUGCGCAACUUGCUAUCGAAUCUGAAGAUCCUGAUUUUGAAAUAAAUUAUGACACAGUACACUCUCCUGUGAGAGAACAAUUUGAAAAUGAAUUUUAUAAAAUAACUUCUGCUGUUAAGAGAUUCAUUAUGUUACACGAAACACAUGAACAUACAAGUAUACAUGGAAAUGACAGUAAUUAUCCACAACUAAAUUUGCCCACAUUUGAUGGCUCUUUAGACCAAUGGUUGUUUUUUAGAGAUAGUUUCAAGUCAAUCAUUCAUGAUAACUCUACAAUGACAAAUGUACAAAAAUUUCAUUAUUUGAGGCUAUCUGUUCAAGGUACAGCUGCAGACAAAAUCAAAUUAUUACAAAUUUGUGAAGCAAACUAUAACAUAGCAUGGAAGUUACUCUGUGAUAGAUUUGAAGAUAAACAAUCUUUGAUAAAAAAUCACAUAAAAAGUUUAUUUCAAUUACCCACACUAACAAAAGAAUCUCAUGAAGGUCUCAAUUUUAUUCUUGACAGUGUAGAGAAAAACCUCAAUGCUUUAAAUGUUUUAGAGAGACCAACAGAUCAUUGGGAUGAUUUACUUGUAUACUUAAUUACUACAAAAUUUGAUCAUAUCACCCAUCGAGCAUGGGAUUCACGCAAUGAUGCUACUAAAAUACCCACAUUGAAAGAAUUAUUAAAAUUCAUUGAGGAACGUUGUAGAGUCCUAUCAUCGUUAGAUUGCAACUCAAAUGAUGAACCUAAACGUAACCUUAAGUUUAAUACUAACAAACAUUCAAAGUCAUUUGUAACAACAUCUACCAAACUCAACUGUAGUAUGUGUAACAAUAACCAUAAUUUAUAUAGUUGCCCUGAAUUUACAAAACUAUCUCCAUCAGAGAAACUGAUUACUGCAAAACGUUUACGCUUAUGUAUCAACUGGUUAGGUUCAAAUCAUCGAACCAAGGACUGCAAGUCUACAGGUUGUCAUAAAUGUGGAAAAAUACACCACACAUUACUCCAUUUUCCAAAUUCAAAGGAAAAUGAGAACCAAAUCCCUAUUAAUACGUCAGCAAUUAAUAGCCCUGGAACUUCUGAUACAAUUUCGGACUCUAGCAACACACAGAUUAGCCUCACAUCUACACCCUCCAAAUCACCACAAAUCUUACUUUCAACAGCCCUUGUUACUGUUUUUGAUAGAUUUGGAAAUCCACAUCAGUGCAGGGUAUUGCUUGAUAGUGGAAGUCAAGUAAACUUCAUAUCUGAAAAACUGUGCAACACUCUCCAACUGAAUAAACAGCAAAUUGACAUUUUGGUCACAGGAAUUAGUCAAAUGUCCCACAAUGUUCAAUCAUCAUCUUUAUUAAAAUUCAGGUCAAAUAUCAACAACUUUUCAAAAACAAUAAGCUGUAUUGCAUUACCCCAAAUCACAGACCAUCUGCCAUCCUUACCACUUGAGCUGGCUAAACUUAAUAUUCCUGAAAAAAUCACACUUGCCGAUCCCAAUUUUCAUCAUCCUGCACCUAUUGAUUUAUUGAUAGGAGCUGACACCUUUUGGGAUCUUUUGAGCAUAGAUCAGAUCAAACUGGGGAAGAAUCUACCUACCUUACAAAAAACGAAAUUAGGAUGGAUAGUUUCUGGUCCAAUAUUUACUAAUACUCAAAGGUUUGUCACACAUCAUUGCACCCUCUCCACUAAUAUUCUAGAAUCUCAACUCACAAAAUUCUGGGAAAUUGAGGAAGUUCCAAAGGCUUCACACCUUUCUUAUGAAGAAAGGCUAUGUGAGGAACUAUAUAAAAACACAACUACAAGACACAAUGACGGACGCUUUAUUGUUACCAUACCUCUAAAAAACGAAACUUCUGUACUUCGUGACUCCAAAAACACUGCCAUACGCCGUUUUUUAAAUUUAGAGAAACGACUAGGUAAAAAUCUUGACCUAAAGGCACAGUAUCAAAAUUUAAUUGACGAAUAUAUAAAACUUGGACACAUGUCUCUUGCUAGUUCUCAAACUGACAAUUCAGGCUUUUUUCUUCCACAUCACUGUGUCUUGAAGGAAAGCUCGACCACAACCAAACUACGAGUUGUUUUUGAUGACUCAGCAAAAACAACCUCUGGACUGUCACUCAAUGACAUCACUAUGGUAGGUCCUAAUAUUCAAGACAACUUAUUUCAUAUUCUUUUAAGGUUUAGAAAACAUAAUUACGUAUUAAGUGCUGAUAUAACAAAAAUGUAUGGCCAGAUUCUUGUGACAGAAAGACAAAGAAAUCUACAAAAAAACCUCUGGCGAUCUACAUCUGAUGAGGAUAUUAAUACAUAUCAGUUGAAUACUGUGACUUAUGGCACAGAACCGGCUGCCUUUUUAUCAAUUAGAUCACCUCACGAAGUAGCUUAUCGUCAUUUAAAUGAAUCACCUGACAUCUGCAACAUUAUUCUACACGAUUUCUAUGUCGAUGAUCUUCUCACGGGAGCCAGUACAGUAGAUGAAGCAAAUAAUAUUAAGGUAAGGCUUUCUGAACUCUUACUUGAGUAUGGUUUUCCUCUAAGGAAAUGGAAGUCCAACAUGAAUACUUUCGUGCAUGACGCAGAAUCUGAGAUUCUGCAUAUAGGUGAUGAAGAUCAAAAUAAAACUCUAGGCCUACUCUGGAAUCCUUCUGCUGGUUGUUUACAAUUUUCCAUCAACAUCUCUAAUUGUUCACCAAAAAUUACAAAGAGACAAAUACUAUCCUCUACUGCACAAAUAUUUGAUCCGCUUGGACUACUUUCUCCUGUCACAAUUACAGCCAAAAUAAUCCUACAAGAACUCUGGAAAUUAAAAAUAUCGUGGGACAAGUCUGUACCUAGUGACCUGCAUACUACUUGGUCUAACUAUUAUUCUCGUUUACUCAAUAUCAUCAGUCUAAAAAUACCUAGACAAAUUCUACUGUCUAAUUGUAUUACAAAACAGUUACAUGGGUUCUGUGACGCAUCACAAGCAGCAUAUUGUGCAUGCAUUUACAUUCGCUGUAGCGAUUCGUUAGGAAAUUGCACUUCUAAUUUAUUGUGUUCCAAAACACGCAUAGCACCACUCAAACUCAUUACUAUACCAAGACUUGAACUCUGUGGCGCUCUUCUGCUGGCAGAGUUAGUUGAAAAGGUAACAUGUGAUUUUCAGCCCAAUGAGAUUACCUAUUGGACUGAUUCGUCAAUUUGUAUAGCUUGGAUAAAUUCUUCCCCACAUAUUUUAAAAACCUUUGUCGCCAAUCGCGUAUCACAGAUUCAGAAUUUAGCUAAGGCUGAAUUAUGGAGACACGUGAAUACCACGGACAAUCCUGCUGAUUUACUAUCACGUGGAAUUAAUCCAACAGAACUAAUAAAUUCUAAAUUUUGGUUUCACGGACCAUCAUGGUUAAUAAAAUCAACUACAUGCUGGCCAUCACACGACCUAACAAUGGACAACACUAUUAUCAUCCCAGAAGUCCGCACAAAGGUUUUAUCCUUUGCUAGUUACAUAAAUGUGUUUGAUACUUACAUUAUUUCUUGUAUCAAACAAUUUUCAAGUUUCAUAACUUCAGCGUAUCUUCGCGUAUGUCUUACGAUACACUCACAACGUUCGACCCAAAAAUAA